UUGAUGCAGUAAGUUGCUAUAAUAUCUAUUUGACUACACAGUAGUCUCCUCUUAGCCAUGGUUUUCUUUUCUAUGGCUUCAGUUAUCCAUAGUCAACCAUGGUUUGAAAAUAGGUGUGUAUGGUACAGUACAAGAUAUUUUGUGUGAGAUUGUGUUUGGAAAUGCGGAGAAACUUUCCCGUGUUGCGGGCUAACAAUGGACACUCAGAAGGAUGUUCAACCUCCAAAGCAGCAACCAAUGAUAUAUAUCUGUGGAGAAUGUCACACAGAAAAUGAAAUAAAAUCUAGGGAUCCAAUCAGAUGCAGAGAAUGUAGAUACAGAAUAAUGUACAAGAAAAGGACUAAAAGAUUGGUCGUUUUUGAUGCUCGAUGAAACCUGGGAAUUCAGAGGAAUGUCUUCACUUAUACUUAGAUUUGCUCUCUCAAUGUUUUUAAUUGUUGUAUAGCUUUCGAUUUUGCAUACAGUAGUUUCCCCUUAUCUUCAGGGGAUGCAUCCCAAGGCCCCCAGUGGACUCCUGAAACCUCAGAUAGUACCAAACCUUUAUACACCUUUUUUCUAUAUAUACACACCGAUGAUAAAGUGUAAUGUAUAAAUUAGGCAUAACAAGAGAUUAAUAAAAUAGAACAAUGAUAACAUACUGUAAUAAAGUUACAUGAAUGUGGUUGGUCUCUGUUGCUCUCAAAAUACCUUCUUAUACAGUGUACGGUGCUCACCUAUUUUCGAAUGUAGUUGACUACAGGUAACUGAAACCACAGAAAGGAAACUUGGAAUGAGUGAGGCACUGCUGUACUUAGGAAUACAACUAUAUAUAUAUGAUUUUAUUUUUAAGACCAAUUGUAUUUACUACUAUUUUGUAUAAAGCAAUUUUUUGUUCCAUUACACGGCUUUUUGUUUUACUCUAUAUGUAAUCUGACACACAAUUAAGGGUAAAGUUGCUUACCUGAAUCAAACUUUUAAUGAAAACCUAGAAUCAUCUGCAGUGCUUGUUAAAAAUGCAAGUUUCUAGAACCCUUUGAAGUUCUGAUUAAAUAAAUUUAUUGGAAACCAAAAAAAAA